AUGACAAUGUCAAUGAAACUUGAGCCAGUGUCCGCGCCACUGCCGGGAGUGCCCACGAAGCGGCAGACUCCCUGGUCGAACCUCGCUGUUGGAGCCAUGAUACAGAUUUUUCAAUCAUCGUCGCUUGGUCAACCUUUCGAGGUUCUAAAGACCCACGUUGCAGCUCAUAGAAGCGAUACGCUUCGAGAGGCCAUACAAAAGACAUGGGCACGAGGAGGCAUAGCUGGAUUUUAUCAGGGAUUGAUCCCUUGGGCUUGGAUAGAAGCCUCGACCAAAGGUUCUACCCUGAUAUUGGCAUCCGCUGAAGCUGAAUACUAUUCCAAGACGUACCUCAACGCAAGCCCUGGUGCUGGUGGAGUGAUAGGAGGUGUUGCUGGAGGAGCGGCACAAGCCUACGGUUCCAUGGGUUCCACAACAUGUAUGAAAACUAUUGAAGUUACCCGUUCAAAGAACGUGCAACUUGGAGUAUUGGAUCGUAGCACCACGGCGAUAUUUGCAGACAUUCUUAAGACACAGGGCAUUCGCGGUAUAUAUCGAGGUGUCAAUGCCGUUGCCCUUCGACAAAUCACGGGCUGGUCCUCCAGAAUGGGCAUCUCAAGAUUCAGCGAGGAGAAGAUCAGAGCAUUGAGGGGUAAGAAGAAGGGUCAAAAGACGUCUUUUGCUGAAAAGAUUCUGGCAUCAUCUAUUGGUGGCGCACUUAGCUGCUGGAAUCAGCCUUUCGAGGUCUUGCGGGUAGAAAUGCAGUCCAUGACCAAAGACCCCAAGCGACCAGCGAAUAUGACGAUGCUAUCCACUGCAAAGUAUAUCACUCAGACCUCUGGCCCUCUCGGUCUCUUCCGUGGCAUAGUACCAAGAAUAGCGGUUGGUGUUUGGUCGACUAUUUGUAUGGUUGGGUUUGGGGACAUGGCCAAAGAAGCAAUGGCUUCUUUGAAUCGCUGA